AUGAAAAUCGGUAGCGACGUAUUCACGAGCGAGCCCAGCCCGAAAAAGACGCCCAAGAAGCGGGGCGCCAAGGCCACGCCUGAGCCCAAGCGGCGCCCCAAGAAAGGGGCACGCACCGACGAAGAGGUCGUUGCGGACGAAGGGCACCCCGGGUCCGGUGCAGAGGACCAGGCCGACGUGGACCAACCAGAGCACGUCGGUGGCGAGGCGCACGACGCGGAGCCCACGGCCUCUGCCGAGCCGGCGCCGCCUCACGACUCUACUCCGGACGAGCAGAAUACCACUGAAAGGAACACAGCCGAAUCUAUGGACCACGCUACCCAAGAAGCGGCCGACCAGAACGAGGUCGCUGCGAUGGUGCACCCUCCUGUACAGCCUGCUGCGCCGCCGCCCGAGGACUCGGAGCGUGAUGCGCGCAAGCGCCUGUUUGGCAAACCGCUCCCGUCGCUCCUGAGCCACCAUUCGCAGACGAGCACGACGAGCCGGAUCCCCGGCCUGAAGCGGACCUCGCGCAUUCCCCCGUUGCACGCGAACCGGCAGCCGCCACCGCCGCCCAAGCCGCGGUACGUCGCGCCGAAGCCCAAAAAAGCCGAAACGGCAUCCGACGACGAGGACGCGGAGCCCGAGCCCGAGAUCGAUUACGAGAACGAGGGGUUCUUGUGA